CUGAGCACGUGGAGGCACAAGGUAACUUCUCUGCUGCCCGACUGUGGUUUCAGUGCGUCCUCCACACUCACAGACGUAACUGUCCUCGUCUGUCUUGUCAUAGUAGCACAAACCGUGUUUGUGAGAGAUGUCAGCGGGAGGUCAGACCACCAGGAGCCGGGAAAUACCGGCCGUCAGACGGGUCGCCAUCCACGAUGCUGCCCACAUGCCUCAGGACUACUCCACGACCCCAGGAGGGACUCUGUUCAGCACGACGCCAGGAGGUACCAGAAUCAUCUACGACAGGAAGUUCCUCCUGCAGUGUCGGACGUCUCCUCUGGCUCGUACGCCUCCCAAACUGCCCGACAUCCCAGGAGUCACCAGUCCACUCAAACCCAACUCCGCCGACACAAACCAGCCUGCACAGACACCCAACACCAACCACAACCUGGACACAGAGGAGAGCUCAGAUGCCCAGUUUGAAAUGGACAUCUGAAGAGAGCCGACAUGAGGAUAACAGUGAUUCCCAACAUUUUCAUUGCUUUUUUAUACUGAGAUAAAAAAAAAAAUCCUCAGUUAUAGUGACAAGUCUUAACUGAGCUGUGAAAUACAUUUUCAGAUUUGUUUUGAAAACAAUUUGGCUUUUUUUUUUUGUAAUGCUUAAUAUGUACUCUUAUCAAACACAAAAUGAUGCAUAAAACUGUAUCUUUAAUUUGUAUACACUUGACUUUAUGAGACCUGUACCAUAUUUAACAAUUAAGCCAAGGUCUUGUUGAAAUUACAUUAAACAUAAAUAUUUUAUGUGAUUUGACUCACACUUUGGGUCAUUUUGUCUUUCCUUGUUGCUGAAAGAAAUCGUACUCAUUUGCUCAGGUUUCACUUUUAUAGUCAAGAAAAACAAGCUGCUUAAUUUAAACUCUUGUAUAACCACUAAUGAAAACCAUCAGACACUUUGUUCAAAUAAGAAAUAAUUUAUUGUAUUACUGUACAAAGCAAACAUACAAAUGGGUCAAUGUGACCCAAACAUUUCAAUAAAGUUAAAAGCGCUUA